AUGGCCAUCUUCACAUUAUCAGCAUUCGUUGUUGUUACUGUUCUCUCUAGCAUGACUUUGGUAUCGCAAGGGGCUGAGAUAGGUUUGUGUCAGGGUCCCUGCCCUGAAGGCUGGAUUUACAAGAAUGGCCGCUGCUUCCAGCACAUUGCUGAUAAGAAGACAUGGCUUGAUGCUGAGAUACACUGUGUGAGUCUUGGAGGAAACCUGGCCUCAGAGCAUAGUGAAGAUGAUCAUGAGUUUCUGAAGAAGCUCAAUAACAAUGAUGAUCCAUUCUGGAUUGGAUUGUCAGACAUUCACAAGGAGGGCACAUGGCUAUGGUCCGAUGGUACAAGUGCAAGUUCUGAAUGGGACUUUUUAAAGUGGAAUCCUGGAGAGCCCAACAAUGCGGGCGAAGAGAACUGUGUGCACACAAACUAUGGAGGCCAAAAAGACUGGAACGACACUGGAUGUAAUGGAAUGUUUCAGUCCAUCUGUGCCUUGCGAUUGAAUGAGUGAUGUGGCCUCUGUACCAAGAGCAAAAAACUUAGCCUGUACCCACAUUAGCCUGUGCAGCAGCCAGUGCCAGAACGAUGAUGAUGCCCAAGCCACGAUGCACGAAAGCGAUGAUGAUGAAC